AUGGCUCUCACAGAGAUAAGUGACCAGUUGCCUCUGCCCAUGAAGCCAGCUGAGAAGGAGCAAGAGUUGACAGAGAAAAACAACCGCUUUCUCCAAAACAUCGAUGCAGCUGAAGGUGCAAUGCAGAAUUUCCUAAGGGAAUUUACCAAAAUGGACCGCAUCUUGGACAGAUCAGAUGAUGAGGACAUUUUCUCUGAAAACUCUCAAACUGACUUCCUUCAUGAUUUGGAGACUAAAAAAUGGGUGUUGGAGCUGGUAGCUGGACAUGACCAAGACCUGCAGAGUGAACAGCAUGAGCAAGAAAGAGGUCACAUUCAACACGAAGAUCCCCAAGCAUCCACAUCUGUGCAGUUUUUGGAGGAGAACAUCCCUGAAUCGAGUCAGGAGAACAUGUUCUUGCAGCUAAACCACUGGAAUACACAGAUGGGUCUACAAGUGGAAGAGCUUGGAGCUGAUCACAUAGGCUUGAUGGAGAAAAUUAAAAAUAUUAUACAGAAAAUAAACAUAACAGAAAACACAGUGAAGAGCUUAUUAAGUGAGGUGAGGUCCCUGGAGGGCCAAAUUGAAAAGCUGGAGUCACACCAGGACCUUGACUCUGAUCAGGGAGCAAACAUUGAGGUAAAUGCUUGUAAUGAAGCUCAUGAAUUAAAGGAAAAACUCGUUGCAAGAAUAGAGAACUUUUGCAAGGACAUGACUCUACUGAAUACAAAGUUGGGGAUGUACCAAAUGCAAGAAGGGAAAACAGACUCUCAGAGUCCUGAGGAAAUGGGCGUGGGAGAAAUGGAGCCCCUGCUUCCUCAGGCUUCACCAACCCCCUUGGUGCAGAACUCUCCUCCCCGCGUUACAAUGUGGAAACGUGCACUGAGGAUUUUCAUCGUGUUUUACGUCCUCACCUUCACUGGACUUUCAUGUUACAUACUCUUUUUUGAUGCUACAUUUAUCUUUGAAAAGAUGCUCCCUACAAUGCUUGGGCGCCGCAGGAUGUGGGAACUGCGGGAGAUGAUUGAACCUUUCUUGAAUUUGGAAGUGGAAGACUUGUUACCCUCCUAA